AUGGAGUUACAUGGUAUGUACGGCACUUUGUCUCUGCUGCUCCUGGCAUUUGGAGAAAUGAUACGUGGAGUGACAAUUACUAGACCAACAGGGUUUCUAAUAGAAGGUGACUCUACUAAAUUAACCUGUGAAGGCAGUGGGACCAUCGUCAAUACUGAAUGGAUGAAGAAUAAUGAGAAGUUGUCUGUUAGCGACAAUAUCGCAUUCUCAGCUGAUAACAAAACUGUAAUGAUCAAUCCUGUGAAGAGAACAGACACUGGACUGUACCAAUGUAAUAUCAGCAACCCGGUCAGCUUUGGUACUGCAGAGUUCAGGAUGACUGUUAACUAUGGACCAGAUAAUAUCAGGAUUGAUGGAAAAGGAGAUGUGGAGGAGGGAACAAGAGUAGAAUUAUAUUGCAUUACUGAAUCUGCACCACCUCCCUUAUACAGAUGGGAGUUUAAUGGGAGUUUAACCACAGAGACUUCAGGUGUAUUUACUGUGGAACGGGCUACCUUUAGUAACAGUGGAAUAUACACCUGCACAGCCUCAAAUACUAUCACCAGUCUUACUGUCUCAAAAUCCCACAGCUUGGUAGUCAAAGGAAAAGAGGCUGUUGGUGGAGAUGGAGAUUCACUGUCUGGAGGAGCUAUAGCUGGGAUUGUUAUUGGGGUGUUGUUAGGUGUUGCUGCAGUUGCUGGUUUAAUUGUCUACUUUCUGAAAACAACUAAAAUAGCAAAAACAAAAGGAGGUGAUAACCACAGAGGUAUGUAA